GUAAACUUUUCUAGUGUCUACAUCUUAACUAACACAGUCAAGUGGCAGCUUUUUCUUGAAACAGCGUUUUUAUUCACUUUUUUUUUUUUUAACAUUAACAUGUAACAUUAACAUUUAACAUGAACUCUUUAUCAGCUCCUUUGGUGAAGGUUUCGGUAUAUUUCUCUAAUAUAUUUAGUUAACUGAUACUAACUACAUACUUGUCUAAUGUUAGUGUAGUCAGUCACACACCUUUACAGAUUUUAUUUCACAAUAAUGAACUCAAAACAUUCUUUAUUUCGCAUGUGAAAAAGUGAGGCACACCCAUACGAAGUGAACGCGGGUACAAACGCGAGAUUUACCACACAAACACAUUAAACCUUGUAAUCUGUAUUAGCACCACAAUGCAAUCUUGUGGUUUUUCCCCUCAUUCUCGGUAGCUGUACCCAAGUUCCCUGUACUCCAGCACAGCAGGGGGCGCUCGUGGGAACAGCCAGGAAACCUGCUGGAAAAAGUGCCGAUGACGUCACAGAGGAGCGAGACGGGGAACAUUGAGUAAAAUAUGGCCGCUUUACGGCCUGAGCCCGAAGAAAGCCUGGACAACCAGUGCAAUAACAGUGAUUUCUUGGAAGAUGAACGCAAAGAAGUUGAACGCGAGGGUACAGCAGACGAAGCUCCUGAGUCAGAAGAGGAUUUUUUUCAAGAAAACGCCGACGCAAAAGAAAGGAAAGAGUCUGCAGAGGCACUGAACAAUUCAUCCGUUCAUAUUGGCUUUGUACGAAACGGAGAAUCAAACCCGUGCCGUGAAUCUGAGUCAGCAGUGCCUAAGGCACGUGCUCAUAAAGCCGAUGAUGCUUCCCAGGAUGAAGAUCUUGGGCUUGUUUGGUCCGAGUCAGAAGAGGAGUUGGAUUCGAGGGCAUGUAGCCUCUCGGGCAAGGAAGGCACGGGGCAUGAACUUCAUCAAGGGACACCAGAGGACCAGACAACAGAAGACCUUGGCUUAGAUACUGGGAGCACUAUAGGACAUGAAGAUGCACUAGUACACGAUGAGGAGGAAGAACUGACAGAUCUGAGUGUGGACAUGGAGUGUGAUGGUGACUCUAAGGAGGAAGAGGACGAAAAGGAAGAGGAAAUUUCAGAAGAGGAAGAAGGAGAACCCAAAGGUGAAGUGCAAAGUAAAGAACCUGAAGAAGGAGAGGAUAGGGGGCCAGGUGAUGAUGAGGAGUGCCAUGAGGCUGAUGUUGUGGACAAGCAGCGGAAAAACCGCCUGAACUGCCGGGACUGCGGCAAAAGCUUCACUCGACGAGAGACAUACGACCUGCAUCGCCACUUCCACAUGCAUCAAGAUGAGCAGGCUUCUCUCACCUGCAAAGAAUGUGGCCUCACCUUUCAGCAUCGCAGCAGCCUCAUCAAACACCGCAGCGAACACAAACAAAACGGUAUGCCAGAUUCAGCAUUAGUCUCUUACAAGCGGUCUCAGCUAAAGGAGUUCAGGGAAGAAAAGAUAUUUGAAUGUGACCAUUGUGGUGAUUGUUUUGCAUCUCUGAUCCGAUAUAAGCUUCAUGCCUGCCAGCAGAGCCUGGAGAAGCCAUACCGCUGCCCGCUGUGCCGCAAAGAGUUCCAGUACAGAGUGUCCAUUAAUGCUCACAUGCAGAGCCAUUCAUUAGAGUGUCCUUACAGGUGCCUCGAGUGCAAUAAGGGCUUUCAGUGUGCUGUGACAUUGCACAUCCAUCAGCGCUCCCAUGCUGCCCUUAAACCUUAUGAAUGCCCUGAUUGCGGCAUGGUCUUCAGACACCGCUCGUUCAUGGAGGACCAUCGCCGCAAGCACACUGAAGAAAGGCCACACCGGUGCACCAUAUGUGGCAAAAACUUCAAAUACGGCAGCCUUUUGCAACAGCACCAAUACCUUCACACUGGCCAGAAGCCAUACCGGUGCACAGAAUGUGGGAAGAGAUUUGCUUUUGCGCAGAAUAUGCGUGCACACUGUCGCCAGCACAAGAAACUCACUAGUUCUGCUGGUUUUGAGGCAGCUAUUACAGAAAAUAAUGAAAUGCACAAUGAUACAGGUUUAGGAUCUAUAGGAAAAGAGAACACCAAUACAAACAUGGAGCACCAGCGGAACUGUCCACUGUGUCCUCAGCUCUUUUACAAAGCAGCUGACCUAAGGGCCCAUAUAUUGACACAUGAGGCAGAAUAUGAAAAAUUGAGUAAUGGAAAAAAAAAUUACAAGGUGUACUCCUGUCCCAAUUGUCCUCUCCAGUUCUUGGAUGAAUCCACCUUACAGUCACAUGCCUUGACUCAUCAGAUUAUAGUAACUCCAUUGAAGAGGGAGGUUCUCAGUGUAGCAAGCUCAGCUAGCACUGAUAACAUUUCAGCAGAUGGAGAAUGGGGAGAUCAGACAGAAAAAAAACCUUUAAGAUGCAGAGACUGUGGCAAAAGCUUUCGUUACCGUUCUGUUUUAGAGCUUCACAUGCGCAUACACAAUAGGGGUUACCAGUGCCAUGUUUGUAAAAAGUCAUUCCGAUUUAGCAGCUAUUUACAGCAGCACUUGAUCAUCCAUUCCGGCAAGAAGCCAUACAAGUGCCCUGACUGUGGAAAGGACUUUGCGUUUCUUCAGAACAUGAAGACUCACCAGAGACUGCAUCAGCAGAAACCUUUUCGCUGCACACAGUGUCGCAAGGGCUACAGUGAUGAGAGUCAACUGCAGCGCCACAUGCUUUGCCACUCAGGAGACAAGCCUCACAAAUGUCACAUCUGCAACAAGAGUUUUGGUUUAGCAUACCUACUUCGUGAUCAUCUGAACACCCACACUGGGGAGAGGCCACAUCGUUGCCAAGAGUGCCAUAAAUCAUUCCCCUGGCUCAGCAGUCUCCUUGUUCAUCAAAAAAUACACGCACGUAAACGUCAAGGAGCAAGCCAGUCCUACUCUUCAACUGUUGGUUCCCAACGAGGGAGGACAAGUGCUGUCGGAAGGGGCAGGAGAAGUGGUAGAUGGGUUUCAAAUUGGCCAAGAAUGGGAGGAAAUGUGGACAGGGUAAUGCCGCUGCAACAGGCUCCUUUUACUGAUCAGAUUUUGCAGGGUUCAGUGCCAAACUUGUUGGGGCAAGAGUCUAAUGUUUUUGAUUCAGAUAGGAAUGAACAAACUCAGCUUAUGCCUGUUCAGUUGCAACAACAGUGGCAAAUUCAAAUUCACUCACCGCUACAACAGCAGUCUAAAUGGUUAUCUGAAGGACAAUCUAAUAAUUUCAGGCACCAGUGGCAAUCAGCAACACAUCUCAAACCUAUCUUGCCGAAACCAGACGGUCUCCCCAAGAUUGUAUCUCAACAGCAGAGUCCUGGCUGGGCUGAGGUGGCACCACCAGGUCAAGCUGGCACAGCUCCCAAACAGCUUCCAGAGAACUGCACAGCACAAAAUAACUGUGACACAGCUUCAACUAGCACAUCAUCCCCUACUAGGGGCUGUACUGAUGGCCCAUCCAAGAGUGAAGCAAAGGUGCAGCAACAACCUCCUUCAUGGGUUAAUUCACCUUCCUCAACUCCAAAGUCACCAGGCACUGCAGAUGGGUCUUUAUCAUUGGAUGCGAAGACACGUUCACCAGUGUCAAACACUCAGAAUUCUCCAAACCAUGGGUUAAAUAUUCAAGGCCAACAGUUAUCACAGUGGCCAGUCUCUGAUUUAGCCCAAAACACUAACAUGGGACUUGGUUCAUCAGGAAAGGAAAAUGUAAUUACUUUUAGCUUAAAAACACCAGCAGACACACAGCAGGUUAACACAGAAUCUGAUAAAUCUGAGCAGCCACAAUUACAACAGUCAUCUACUCUAGCCAGUGCAUCAAUUUCAACACAAACAAGGCAAAAUGCAGAUGCAGUUGAUGACAGUGCUGCUCUUAAAAACACCAGUAAGCCUUUGAAUACUGUAACUCCUCUUGAAAUGUCCAAGAGUGUAAACUCACAAGAAAAACCUGUGAAUGAAACAGGGGCUCAGCAUCCCCAGCUUCAUAUAAUGCCAACCCCUUCACAACAGCAACAUCAACAAUUGCAGCUGGUCUUGCAACCCCCACAGCAAAUUCAGCUUCUACAGCAGACAGUGCAGCAGAUGCAACCUGAACAAUUACAGCUUCUUCAGCAACAGCAGUUUCAGCAGCCCCAAACAAAUACAUUAGGAUCAGUCAGUGUUCAGUUUGGAGCAGCUUCUUUUUCUCAUGGGAAUGGAAGCACAGUGUUUGGCUUCCAGACCACUCCAGUUGUUUCCCAAGCCCUGUUAAAUGGACCAGUGCAGCAGGGGUCACAGCAGCAAGCACCUCUAGUUUCUGCCUCUCAGAUCCUUUUAAAUCAGGCCUCUUCUUUUAUUACCUCACCACUCCCUCUGGCACCUCCUCUUGCUUUGCCAGGUACUCAUCCCAUCCAUUCUAUAGCAGGGCAACUUCCAGGUCCAGCAGCUCAGAAUAUCUUCUUCACUCCACCAGGCAUAAUCAAUGAGAGACCAGUAAUGCCACAGGCUUUGCCCUCAACUCAUGUAGGACAACGAACUGAACCGAACAAACUUAUCGGUCAAAUUUCAUUUGCCACAGAUCACCGUUUUCGUUGCAUGAUCUGUGGAUGCACGUUACCUGGAGAACUAGAAUUACAGGUGCACUAUAUGCAACAUGUACAAGGUGAGGUCUGAUUUGUAUAAUGUUAACGUCUCUCUACACCCUUAAAGUUUCUGGCUGUUAAUGUGCCAAAAGGACUGUUGUAGAUGAUGCUUGUUGACUCAUUUCCUCAAUUCUGAAUUUCUCCUUGUAUUCUGACUGUGUGAGAUGUGAAGUGACCAUCAGUAAUUAGUCAGUUAAUGGAAAUGAUAUUUGCAACAUGUUCAGCAUAUACAAAUACAUAACUGAGUUUAUUUCACUUUGCAAUGAAAAUAUCACCCAUGCUAAACUAUUGCUUAGAUUUUUAAGUAGUUUUUUUUGUUUGUUUGUUUGUUUUAUAAUUCCCAAUUAUAAUGUUGGAUGAUGUAUAUUCCCAUCUGAAGCAUGUUUAGUGCUUAUACAAACCCAGGCCAAUGUUCUCAGUCUGUAAUGACACAUUGCACUUAUUCAUUAGAGUUGCAUAGAAACAACUGCAGAUUUCAGCGCACAGACUGUAAUAUGCACAAAUCUAUGUGUAAUUCAUGAAACUCAUGAAAUUCAUGUCAUACUACAUUCCAAAGAGCCUUGUUUUUUAAUUAACAGAAAGCCCAGUUUAUGUAGUUGUUGUGACAGUGAACCAGGAAAAGAAAAGGAUUUAUCAGGCCAUCCAAGUUAGAAGGGAAUUCCAAGAAAAGGAGGAAAAAUUCAGUGAAGCCAAGUUAGAGGUGCUUUUGUCCAAAGUUGGUCUAAAUAAAAAUACAGUGUUAAGGUCAAAAUCAGGUAUAAAUCCAAACUGUUUUCCAUUCUCACCUGCUGGUUUGUGAAGUGUAUUUAUGGUAGAGUGUUUUUAUUCAUUCUAAAUAGGUCAGAUUAUACUCAAGUUAGAUUUAAUUAGCUUUAUUUAUAAAUAGAUGAGCCAAGUAUUCACCCUGAACAAAUAAACAAAUCUCUAUUUACUAUAAAGCACUAAAAGAAAUUAAUCAAACACUAAGAAGAUGACUACCAAAAUGAAUAAAAUCAUGUCUGUGUUUAAAAUAAAAUCAUGAUGUGUUCAGGUCUUGAUAUGAAGGUAUAUAAACUAUAACUAGUAUAUAUAUAUAUAUAUAUAUAUAUAUAUAUAUAUAUAUAUAUAUAUUAAAUUGAAAAAAUAAAGAAAAUGUCUUUGAAUAUCCUGCCUGUCCAAGUCGCCACAUCCAGGACAGAGCUUUAUGGUGCCUCUUGAACAUAAAUGUGCUUAUAAAUUUCUUAAAUUUCUCAAUAAUUUCUUAUAAAUGAUAUUGUCACUGUUUUUGAUUAUUUAACAUUAUUUAACUGCAAGUCAAACAUUUUAGGUUGUUAAAAUGUUGUGCUCAAAUUUACACAUACCGACCAGACAUGAAUUUCAUCAGACAUGAAAUUUGCUUAUGUUUUAUGAUCAGAUUUGACCACACGCAACUUUAAUGAAUAAGGGCCAUUAUGUGUAGUCAUAUGUUCACAUCAGUUUCUCGUUUUAUUUACUGUACAGCAUUUUGUGUCAACUCUCUGAAACACUGAACUGCUUUUAUUGUUUAAGGCCUGUAUUUGUAAGUUAAAAUGGCAAACACAGGAGGAAAAUAUCACUAGGACCUUCACGUAAGAUCACUGAAAGUUAUCUGUCUACCUCUGUCUGAUCCUUGUAGUUUUAGAUUCAAUAAAUUUUGAUUUGGAAUUGAUCAUA